AUGCGAUUUGGAAGUUCCGUUAGUGCUGUAGUGGCUUCUAAUUAUUGUGAGCGAUUAUCGGACCAGAUUUAUUUGGAUUUGAUUGGUGGAAGAUAUAGUUGUUUUCGACUACUUAAUGGAACUCAUGAAGUUGGAUGCAGUUCUUCGGAAAAAGGCAAUGAGGGUAUCGUUUUGUAUGCGAAUAGUAGCGAUGAACUAAUUAGCGUGAUUAAAAAUCUUGAUUUUCAAGAUGGCAUCAUUACGGCUCUCAAUUUGUCUCUUCUGAAUGAAAAAACAGUAGAAGUGUUGAGAGAUAAUCGAGUACGUGGUAUACUUAUUUUAUAUGAUAACAUUUCAAUUGACAAUCAGAAACAAUGGAAUGGUGGAUUUUCAGAAGAUGCUUCUUGUCCCAACGAGCAGUUUGACCUCUAUGGAAAGUGUGUGAAAGAGUGGAAUAAACGUGGGGCAUUAUUGCCCGAAGGUUUCCGAUUUAUUAAUUGGGAUAAACCCAUUUUUGUUAUCGAAAACCACACUGAGAUUGAUAUUGUUAAAAAUUCCUGUUACGCAGCAUUUAACAGAGAUAAUUUGAAAGGAACUGUCCUUUGUUCAGCACGUAUGAAGCAUUUCAUGCGAGCUGCGGGAAAUGCCAGAUUAUGUCUCCAGCGUCAAAAUCUUUUUUAUGGUUUCGCAGAUGCAGUAAUAUCUCUCUGCGAUCCACUAGGUGAUAAAAAUUUGUUUGCAACAAUUCCAGCAUUUGCCGAAAAUUUCAAGCCAAAAAUUCUGAUGCUUUCAGUUAGGAUGGAUUCCUUCAGUUCUUUCACAGAGGCAGCUGUUGGUGAAGUGUCUGUUCUUACAUCGCUUAUUUGUCUUUUGGCCGUUACUAAAACAAUUUCGAAUCAUCUAAAAGAAUUUGAAGUUUGGGGGCAUCGCAACAAUCGCGCAGUAAUUAUUGCAUUUUUUCAUGGUGAGUCGAUGGGUUACAUUGGAAGUAGUGCCACUGUGGAUGAUAUCAUCAGAAAAAAAUUUCCCCUUAACAUCAAGCUAACAGAUAUCGAGAGUUUUAUUGAGGUGCAAGUUAAAGUGCAGCAGCUUGAUGGUUCUUAUCCUUUAUUCUCUGCUUAUAUAGAUUCAGAAUCUUACAGCGCUUUUGGUAAUGAAUUGAAAGUGAAAAUUUUAUUAGAUGCAGCUAAAUCAGCUCUGAAACAUUUCAAUUCCAAAAAUAGUGCAGGUAUAAAAAGUGAAGUAUUGGAAGAAAAAACUCAAAUACCACCCUCUUCCUAUCAUUCAUUCUUAAAAAAACAUCGCGGUAUACCUGGUUUUGUUCUUCGUCCUUCCGGACAACAAUAUGUGUAUAAUCGCAUCAACUCAUUGGAAGAUCAGAAUGUUUUUAAAGAGGGAUUUUCGGAAGUUAAGGAUCAGAUUGUUGCUGCAGCAAGCUGUAUCGUGGGAGCAGUAGCUGGUUUUCUUACAAGUGGUAAUGAGUCAGAAAUGGAAUCAAUUAGUCAUUAUGAUAUAGAUGAAAAAUAUGUUACAACUCUUCUGGACUGCUUUCUACAGUUUCCUAACUGGCACACUUGUAGAUUUUUCACGCUUAUCAUGAAAGGCGAUGAUCGAUUUGGAAAUGAUUCAAAAGAAACUUAUAUACCAGCAGGAGCAAAUCAUUAUUCUUUAAUUCGUAUUCUAAUGAAUGCAUUAAUUGUAAAUGUUCUUGGGUCAAAGAAUCUCGUCAAUAUUUCUGAUCGUGGUCAGUGCGAGGAUUUGAAUAGGCAUCAAAAAAUUUACCACUAUACUUGGCAGUUUGAUCCCGAAGAAAACAACUUCUUUUGUUAUAGAAGUUCCUUGCAUGAAACAGAUGCAAGGUCUCCGGCUUUCAGUUCAGAAGAUUAUGAUAUGCGAUCAGGAGUUUACUCAACAUGGGUGGAAAGUGUUUGGACUCCAAAGCAACUAAAGCUUUUUUUAACUAUAAAUCCUUCCCCAAUACGCGACAUUGUUAUUUUCACGUCCGGUUCCGUAUUUUUUAUUGUUUCACUGUUCAUUAUGGAAUUAAUUUAUCUAGGUCACAAAGAAAUUAUCGAGUCUAUGUCAUCUACUUCUAGCUCCAGGUGUAUUCGUGUUUCAAUUUAA